AUGGAGCCACAGGACAACCAGCCAGCUUUAGACAGCAGUGUGUGCAGGCUGCCCAGUCAGGAGGAUCAGGAAAAUGCACCGAGUUGUAAAUACUGUUGCACGAUGGCUAACCUCCGCAUUGAGAAAAAGAUUGGUCAAGGUCAGUUCAGUGAGGUCUACAAAGCCACGUACCUUCUGGAAGGAAAGCUGGUCGCACUCAAGAAAGUCCAGAUGUUUGAGAUGAUGGAUGCCAAAUCUCGUCAGGACUGCAUCAAAGAGAUCGACCUGCUAAAGCUGAAGCAUCUGGUCAGCAUGUGCAUCAGCCCGGACCCAGACCAGAGACCGGACAUUGUCUUUGUGCUUCAGAUUGCUGAGCAGCUACACAUGUGGACGUUCGCCACCUGA